AAAAAUUCAACAAUUGCCGGUUUACUUCAAUUGAAGCGCACCAACGAAGCGAUAUCACGAUAAUAGAAGAACACAUGUUUCGCUGUAUUCUUUUCCUUGUGCCAUUUGUUUUUUGGUUUGUUGUGUGCGAGCCAACUUUAUGUGAAAUCAAAGUGGAAUGGAUAACGUUGGCAACGUACAACAAUAGCAAAGGAAGAAAAGCAAUAAAAGAAGCGGUGGUUAUCAAGACAGACUAUAGACAAGGCAAUACCACAGUAGCUCUGAGCGCUAAGGAUAGAGCAUCCGUUAUCGAUACCAUAAAUGAGAAAGUCGACUCGAAUGUUGUGCAUUUGAUCAAUGCGGAAAUUAUCCGUUCUAAGGAGAAAGUGAACAAAAAAGUUGUGAGAGCAAUGGUAAGAACAGCUGUUUCUCAGGCUAUUGAUGCACCUAUCAUGUUUACCAAUCCUGCGAAAAGCAAUAGAACUCUCAAACAAGCUAUCAUCAGUUGCGGUAAACACGCGGUCCGGCUUCAACAAUUCGUUUUUAUGGAUCCCAAUGAUCUUUCUUCAUUCUCAUCGAAAUUCUUGAUCACAAUGCCUUACAUUUUCUGCAUUCUUUUAGCUCUUCUAGCAUAGUAUAUUGAUAUUUUUCAAAUAAAAAUGGAACGAUUUUAUUGUUGUGUAUUCAAUGAUUUGACACCAGGUUGAUAAAGUUAUAAGGUUA